CACCUGAUUGCCCUCUCCAGCCAAGGGAAGAGGAGCCUCUGGCACACAGAGAGGCCCAAGGAACAUUUUAUCUGCACUCUUGUCAAAUAUUUAGCAAACAUCUGACGUCACCGUGGGCUCAAAAAGGGUACCGGGUGAGCAGUAGUGCAGCAGACAGACGCAAGCACAGAGAACUGCACCAGGGAGAACAUCAGGAAGCUCUUUCUGCUCGCGUCUGAGACGAUACAUCCUUUCUGCAGCAGAAUGACAGCGUUCACAUGGAGCUUGCUCCUUCUUGUGCUCGUCCAUCAGGUGUCCACGGACCCUGUGGUACAAGAGGAGGACCAGCCUGUUGCCCCCCUUAGGGAAGGGCUGCUGAGACGGAUCGCACGCAUGACUCCUCUGUGGAGGAUCAUGGGAAGCAAGCCCCACGGAGCCUACUGUCAGGACAACUAUGAGUGUUCCACUGGGAUCUGUCGGGGCGGCCACUGCUCAUUCAGUCAGCCGAUCAAGUCCUAGAAGUGGAGAACCAUUGACGCCUCCUCUCCCCGGGGGGGAGCGCAGAUCUCCAGCACAGCAUUGGCAGACCCUACUGGGAGUGUGGUGGCCAGACAGCCAUGGCAAAGGCCUCUUUCUUCUGGGACUCCUCCUUCUCCAGUGGACACACUGAGUUCAGGCAGGAUUUAUUUGCAAUGUCUCACACACACACGCACACACAUACACACAUUCAGACGUGCAUGUUUGCUGUAUAGCCAACACCAGAAGCAGGCAAGACAAGGUUCUUACGGAAGGUUGUGUGGUUGAAGCUCUGAAAGGAAGGAGUGCUGGGGGGACAUCAGCGGUGAAGUUUUAAGGAACUCGGCGCAAGCGCUUUACUAAACGGCUUCUAUGUAGUGCCAAGCAAAACCUUAAUGCCGUUCCUAAGCGUGACAACACAAAGACUACCACUGUAGUCUGGAUCAAAAAAAUGUUAGCAGUUUUAAUUAAUUGUAUUAUGUCAUUUUCUUGUUGCUUUCCUUGUUACCAUGGUGACCACCCCUCUGACACUAUUUUUACAGUAUACAGAGUGCCCUGCGUAUAAAUUUGAAAAAUAGCUUCUAUGUUAAUGCACAAAUAUGUUUUGCAAAGUGUAAUAAGUGCCUGGGGUAAAAGUAGUUUUUUUUUUAGCUAAUGUUACAGCAAUGAUAUAUGUGAGAAUAAGAUGAGGUCCGUGGUUUAUAUGCAGGUCAGAGACGGAAAGCACCAGUGGGUUGGAGGGUCAAGCUGCAGAUAGCAUUGGAGAAGGUUAGAGGUCACAGACAGUGACUGAGCUGUCUAAUCAUUUAUAGAACUGCACAUUUUCAACAUUUUAACUCUUCCUACCAGUUACCUGUUUAUUUAUUCCCCUACCUUUAGAAAAGAGGUAUUGUCUUUAACUUUGAGUUUUAAACUGUUGGAUAUUGUUCUUAGUAUCUUUGUUAUCUGGCUCCUCAGUGUAGAUGCUGUUUGUUUUGGAGUUUUAAUUUUUCUAUUUAAUUCUGAUUUUUCAAAUGUAUGAAUGAAGUUUUGAGAAUAUCUAAAUAAAUAGAUACAGCCAUAUGUAUCUUUAUACUGCUCCUCAACAUUUAGUAUAACAGUCUCUUUUGCUUCUAAAUUUUUCUGUUUAAUUUAAAUUUAAUAUCAAUUUUAAAUGUAUUAAUCAAGUUUUCUCUACUUGUCCUUCUGAUGCAACUUCUUGCAUUUACUGUAUAUAAAAAGCUACUAGUCCUAGAUGUUUCUGAUUGACUGACCAUGGGCCAUUGGCCAACAACUAAUAAUACUUGAUGUUGCUGCAAUAUUUUAUUAACUUGCCUGAGAUUUUUAUCUGUAUGUUCACAGUCACUGUGGAAAAAUGCAAUACAGUAAAAGACAGAUAUUUCUGUGUUUGAAUGGUUUUAUGUUAAUGACUCGUGGAGUUUUCCUGUGCUACUCCUGAGCUAAUACAAGUAGUUCUUGAUGCUAGCAUGCAUAUGCACUCUUGCAUUUUGUAAUAUGAAACAUGAUCUCAUAGUCACAUGUUUGCAUGACAGCGUACUGUAUGAAGAAACUGUUUCAGUACUGUGACUUCUUUCUGUGUCACAGAUUUAUUUUCCCAGAAAAUGCAGCACUUUUUAAAAUAAAAAGUUCUCA